UUCAAAUGAAACGGCUGAGGCUUUGAAAACUUUAACGAAUUUAAUCGAUAAGCUUAUUACUCAACUUCAAGAUCAGCGAAGGCCACCAUCUAGAUCUCGGUCUGAAAAUUUUAUCCCAUCUCUGAAUCAAACUUCAUAUUUAGAAAUUCCUGAAGAUGAGUUAUUAUUUUUACUAGCAGAAAGGCCUAUUCGUCCCAAGCCUAUAGUAAAUAUGCCGAUUCUUAGGAAAAAGUCAACUGGAAUGAAAACAACUGAUUUAAUCGAUCUUGAAGAAGGAGAGA